CUGCUCAGUCGUGCUCCAAGCGGCGAGCGGACCACAUCUGCAUUUGUACGUCAAAACCACGGUCAACACCGCCGGCUGCGACCCUCUGCAACCCCUUGAGUGCGUCUUCGUGACAAUGCAAAAUUGGAUCGGCGUCUUGCGACUGUGACAGUUCCGCACGCAUCUCGAAAGUGCUCUCGUGUGGCUACGGUUCUCGGCCAGCAUGUGCUUCCUCGCUUAGAGCGCAGUACGAUCCAGUGUGUCCGUUCGGAUUAUGUACCAUAGUUUAUCUAGUUCUGCUGGAGUGUUGCAAUCGACCACGGUUCGCGGAGAGCGGAUGAAGAGGAUGUCAGACGGCUUUUCUGGAGGUGCCAGGGCGCUGCUCCUCGUCGCACUCGCCCUUUCACCGAUCAACACAGGUACGAGACAAAAAGCGACAAAAAUGAAGGAUUGUCAUUACUCUUUGCUGCUGGCAAGCGGCCGCCGUCUCCUCCUCUUAUUGAUUGCCGCCGCCUGCAGUGGACUAGUGGAGGGCGCGUACAACACCAACUCGGGACACAACGCUCUGCAACCAGCGGCCGUACCACCACCGCCACCCCCACAACGUCCCUUGGGACCCAACGAUCCUUAUUUCGACCCUCUUACUCCCCGAAACGUGACUGCCCUGGUCGGAAAAUCAGCUUAUCUGACCUGCAGGGUGCGCAACUUGGGCAAUAAAACGGUGUCGUGGAUCAGGCACCGGGACAUCCACAUUCUGACGGUGGCCGGCUACACUUACACGAGCGACCAGCGCUUCCAGGCCAUCCAUCACCGCGAGACCGACGAAUGGACGCUGCAGAUCAAGUGGGCGCAGAAAAGGGACGCCGGAGACUACGAGUGUCAAAUCAGCACGCAACCCCACCGCAGCUACUUCGUCACACUCAACGUAGUUGGUGGAUUUAACAAAGACUCGCGUCGGCAGCAACAGCUACUCACCCCUCCACAUGCCUACAAACGGCCCUCGAUCUAUGACGACCUGAACUUAAUGUUUCGCGAUCAAGUGCCGACAGCAGAGAUUUUAGGAGCACCUGACUUGCACGUUGACAAAGGCAGCACAAUCAAUCUCACCUGUAUCAUCAAGUACAGCCCUGAACCACCGGCAUACAUUUUCUGGUAUCACCAUGACGAGGUGAUCAGCUACGACUCGCAGCGCGGCGGCGUGAGCGUCAUCACCGAGAAAGGGGAUGUGACAACCAGCUACCUUCUCAUCCAGCACGCCGAGCUGACUGACUCUGGAAAAUACUCCUGCAGUCCGUCAAACGCUGAUGUUGCCAGUGUUCGAGUUCACGUGCUCAAUGGAGAGCGGCCAGCCGCAAUGCAGACGGGCUCGGCGGGCUUGUCUAACAGCUCGGUGAACGUGGUCGUGCUGAUGAUGGUGUGCCUGGUGCACUCGCUAGUGUCAGAAUCGCUUAUACUGAGCAUCGCAGGUCGACGUCGGCCGUCUGUGACCAACAGGUAAUCGACGAAGAGAGCCAAGGACACUCGUGAGAAGCAGCACUGACAUUGCCACGAUUCUAUUUUUUACCCAGACGGACUUGUUUCUAUCGAGGAUAAGUGACAGAGUAGUGAAACGAUUUGUGCGCGAUUCAAGGAAGGAAGGUGUGGAGUUUAUUAUAAAAGGUAGCAAAGUUUUUUGUUUGAAAUUCAUGAAAAAGACACGUGAAUAAGGUCAGGAAGAGUGUUUUGAUAUUAUGAUUAUAUUAAUAUGAAAAAACAGCUGGAAAUACAUGUAUAAUAUUUCAUCUCAAGAAUAUGUCUGUCGUGCGGAAACGGAAAUGCAAAUUGUGCAUAAAAUUAUUGAGGAAAAUAAUUUUUGGCGUGCAGAGUGAGUGGCGUUAGACCAGACGAGUAUGGGUGUUAUGAAUACAUGUAAGUGUGUGGUGCGACAAAACUAGUCAAUCAAUGUUACAGAUUGUUAUGGUCUAUUCAAAAAGUCUCGACUGUCUAUACAUUUUAUUUCACGUCACAUAGAAAUCUUGAGGCCACCAACUAUAUGAGGGAAACUGUAUUUAUGGUAAAAAUUUGUGUCAAAUUUAUGAUGUACUCGUGCUGCUUUUUGGUGAGGAUCAGAAUUAAUUUGUGUCACACGGACUGUCUCCUGGAUAAUUGCGAUGUAUACAGUUUAUGAUUGCUCAAAAUUUGCAAAUGUUCAAAUUUCAUUCCACAAUCUUGUACAUAAAUUGCGAAAUAAAGUGAAUCAGUAAAAAGAGUUCCCUCGCUGGUGUGCCGAUUCGAAAAGAUGCAAAAUUGACAAUUAUUUUGUACCUGUUAAACUAACUAACCCGAGGAGAGCGAAUAUUACAAACGUUCUGACGCAUUCAAGAUUUCGCUGCGCUUGCAGGAGUCGAUUUACGUGCAGGAUCAGCGGCGAGUUCCCUUACAAUGAGAUGUCGUGUGUAAAAUGCAACGGAAAUAUCCCUGUAGUUUUAACUGUUCUGCCCUCCUCCCGCCCCCACACGUCUCCUUUCGCAAACGUGUAACUUUUUAUAUAAGCCUGCUGUCCAUCUUUCACGAAAAGGAAGAGCGAGAGAUGUCUGCCGAGGAGGAGCGCGCAAAACGACGAAAAAAUAAACGAGGGCUGCUGAGGAAGAAUGCUUGAAAAGUGUAAUACCUUUAUGUCGACGUUAUACCAAGAAAAACUACUGUUCUGUUGUUCAAA